AUGCCUCGUGUAGCAAACAAGGUCCAUCGCCGUUCUAACGGCAACUCCACCCCUCAAAAAAACUCGCCCAUCAAGAUCCCCCUCAACGAUGAUAUGGGCGAGAAAGCGGCCCGUAUCGGGGCUCGCCAGGCACAGUAUGAUCGUCAGAUGAACCAGAUUAAGGCCGCGGUCAAAACACCCAUGCCUCCGCUACGAUACAGCACACAUGAGCGUGACGGAAGCGAGAGUCCCGGAACCCCGCGCGGAUCCAACCACCAUCGAAGUCGCGGAAGCGAUGUGAAUGGUCGCGGAGUCACCCCCAUGAAGCGUGUGCCUAUCUUGGCCAACUUCGAGGAAUGGAUGAAGAUGGCGACUGAUAAUAAGAUCAAUGCGAAUAAUUCCUGGAACUUCGCCCUCAUCGAUUAUUUCCACGACAUGUCUCUUUUGAAGGAGGGAGAUACAGUGAAUUUCCAAAAGGCCAGUUGCACCCUUGAUGGGUGUGUCAAAAUUUACACAAGUCGAGUGGACAGUGUCGCAACGGAAACUGGACGGCUGCUGAGUGGCUUGGCCGAUGGACGCGAUAAGAGAGGUCGUGACAAUGAUGCCGAAGGAGAAGAAGGCGAUGAGGAUGAGGAGGGCGAGGAUGGAGCACCACGAAAAUCGCGCAAGAAGACACGUUCUCACGAGGCGACACUGGCCCCUUCAUUUUCAUCAUUACAGCUGAAGAAGUUUGAGCUGGAAUUCGCCGUGGAUCCGCUUUUCAAGAAGGCGUCUGCCGAUUUCGAUGAAGGAGGCGCGAAAGGUCUUUUGCUCAACCACUUGGCCAUCGAUGGGGUUGGACGAAUUGUUUUCGACAGUAGCGACGAUGCAGUGGAUGACUCCUCCAAGACCGCAGAGGGAGAGGACGAACAGGAGUCAACCGACCCAGAAUCACAGGCUGCCCCCCCGACAGCAUCCGACACAUUCGAGGAUGACCCGGAUAUUGAUCUUGCUACACUGGCAAGCCAGUUUUUCCCCGACUUGGACCGCCUUGGGGAGCAGGAUAUCUGUCCUUCUCUUAAAAACCUUGAUCUAGGAGACCCAGCGGGAACACUCGAUAUUCCUUUGCUAAAGGCGCCCGAAGAUUGGCGCCAGGAUAAGAACAACGAAGGCGAUGACCCUUCGGGAAUAAUGCUUGAUGAUGACAACGCCGUUGGUUUUGAUGACGAUGACGCCUCGCUGACUGGUUUUGACCUAAAUGGUGACGCUGGCUUCGGCGACGGAGGAGAGGCAUGGGCAAGAGAGGCAGCUUUAGAACCGAUGCUCAAGGUUCACCGUUUGGAAGAUGGUGAUGGUGAUGAAGACAUGGACCGUGAAGAUGCAUAUGCCGUCUCUAUGUCUCAUCAGCCGAGCAAACAAGACCAUGAGAACAUCUUGAGCUACUUCGAUAAUGCGCUCCAAAAGAACUGGGCUGGUCCAGAACACUGGAAGAUUCGCAGGAUCAAGGACCACACAGCGGCCAGCUCCGCAUCGGCUCCCAAGCCACGUAAAGAGAAAGAGCCUUUUGAGAUUGACUUUGGGGCUCCUCUGGAUCAUGCCAUUGCCGAGUUGAUGUACACUCCCGCCAGCUCCAACUCCGCCAUUUCCCUACCAAAAACACAAUGGAAGACGAAGGGACGCAACCUGCUCCCCGAUGACAAGCAUUUCAACUCGCGCAACCUCCUUCGACUCUUCCUCAAGCCCAAGGCACGCAUGGGCUCGAAGAAGUUCCUGGGCAGAAGGGCAGCUCCUCGGCCAGAGCAGACUUCUGGGAACGGGGACAUGGACGAGGCGUUUUGGGCCAAUCACAAGGUGGAGAAUAACGAUGAGGAAGGUGUCGCGGGCGCUUAUGAUGCCAACUUCUUUGCUGAUGAUGACGGUCUUGCUUUCCCGAACGGCAUGGAUAUGGACGAUGAUGACGAUAACAUGCCAUUUGCCGAUGCGCGCGAGAUGCUGUCGCCACCGAUUGAUGGGGCUCCUGGCGCAUCAGCUGGAGAUGGUAGCUCGCAAACUGGACUCACCGCAUUACUGAAUAUGGUCGGAGCCACUCCAGGAAAGCCCGGUGCUGGAGGGUACGGCUCCCAGCUAGUAACCCAGGGUGGACGUCGUGCGCGCCCAGACUACGUCAACUAUGCCCGUGUCGCCAAAAAGGUAGACGUGCGACGAUUAAAGACCGAAAUGUGGAAGGGCAUGGGUGAGCGUCUGAUCGCUACCACCGACUUCAGCUCUGCAUCACAGCCCGGCGCUGCGUCUAGCGAACCACUAGCCGAGCCCGAGAGUGAAGCUGAGGCUCUCGAACCGCCAACACCACAGACAAAUAGUCCCGGGCCUAACGAGGGCAAGCUACGUUUCACGCAGAUUAUGAACUCGCUCAAGUCCGUCUACCCCAAUGAGGUAUUGCGGGACAUCAGUACAUCAUUUGGCUUCAUUUGUCUUCUCCAUCUGGCCAACGAGGAAGGCCUUGUAUUGGAAAGUGACAUGGACAAAAUUUCCAGCGGAGCUUGCAGCCUGGAAGAGAUCUUUGUCAGUAAGGACAUCCAUGCUAUCCGCGAAGAGGGGGGCAUGUGA